AUGGCCUCAGAACCCACUCCACAGCAACAAAAUCCCAGUCCCACCACCCUCGACUUCUACCUCCACCAAGCCCUCACCACCUUCUCCCCAGUCCACACCUCCGACCCCUGCACACUCUUCAGCCUGCCCUCCUCACCCUCACCUUCUGCAAUCCCACUCAACCCCACUGGGCCUAACACCCUCCUCCUCUACCCCGGAUCCUUCAACCCACCACACGCGGGCCACCUCACUACAAUCCUCUACUUCUACGAACAUAGGCGUGAUUUCGGGAUUAGGUGUUUGUUUGUGUUUGCGGAUCCGGAGAUGGUGGUUGGUAAGCGGAGGGAGAAGAAGUAUAAUGUUUUUUUGAUGGGGCAGGAGGUUAGGUACAAACUCUUCGCCCACCACCCCUCUCUCACCCCCCUCCUCGCAACCGGCUUCCUCAAGCUCCUCACCGGCUCAAUGACAAGCCACAUCGCCUUCCUGCGACACUUAACCGACCUAAUCAAAUCCUCCUCCUCCCUCUCCUCUCCCUCAAUCCCAGCCACACUAACCGGUUUCCUCGGCGGCGAUAAACUCUCCAUUCACAGCUCGCCGCACCAGAAACCAGGAGAGUUGAUAGAGUGGGGUCCUGUCGAUGAGUUCCUUAUUAUGAAUGCAAGGCGGCCUGUUGAUUUUUAUAACCCCUGGGAAGCUGGCCUUGAGAAAGAGGAGAAAGCUCAGGAUCCAAACCCCAUCUCAGUCGAAGAGCUCAACAUCGACAUCGCCAUCAACAACCAUUCCCCUUCCUCUGAAAACCCCCCAUCCAACCUCCCCAACUGCACACCCUGGCAGCGCGGCCCUCUCGAUUCGGAAAGCAUCAACAAGGAGCGUCGUAUCGGACAGCUAUGGAGUUGCAAAGCGUUGACGGUUCCUGGGGAGCCGGUUAUAUGGUUUAGAGGUAGUGAGAGGAGUGCGAGUAAUGGGAUUAGUUCGACGGGCAUUAGGAGGAUUAUGUGUGAGGUUUGGGAUAGGGAUGUUUUGCUGGAAGAAUUGAGCGGGUUGGUGGUUUGUCCGGAGAUACUGGUGGAGUGGGUGGUGGGGGAGAGGGGGAGGUUGGGGAUGGGGAUAGGUGGGGGAGAGGUGGUUGAGAAGGGCGAGGAGGGUGAGGGGGGUGGCCAGAUCGAGGGGGAGAAAGCUGUUUUGUAG